CGGAAGCUGAUUGGCGGUGGAAAGGGCAACCGCUGGACCGGCUGAGGGUGCUAUAAGAGCGGAGAUGAGCCAGUGCUGGGAGACCCAUCCGCGACUCGCGUCUCCCAUCAAGCAGUAGUGCUACCGCAACAGUGUCUGUCCGGACUUCCACCGACUAACCGCCACCAACAUGCAAAAGUUCGUUAUCCUCCUGGCCUGCAUCUGCGUUGCCGCCGCACAGCGGGGCUUCGCGCCGGUGGAGAACUACCCUCCGAUCCCGUACUCCUUCAACUACGCCAACCAAGACGCCGAGGGCUCGCACACGCACGAAGAGAGCGGCGACGGCAACGGACGGGUCCAGGGCCGCUACACCCUGUCGCUGGCCGACGGCCGCACGCGUACAGUCACCUACACGGCCGACGAGAACGGCUACCGCGCCGAGAUCGUCACCAACGAGCAGGGCACCGAGUCCAAGAACCCCGCUGACGUCGUCAUCCAGUCGAGCGCCCUGCCAGGACCCGAGGCCGCCAUCGCCAACGAGCCCAACCGCCUGAGGGGUUAGGCCGCCUACAGCGAGCUUCCCUUCUUGACCCCAUCCACUUCCUGUGCAUGAUUUCACGUGUAACGGUAACGGAAAAGAAUGUCCCGACGCUCGUGUCGUGGCUCGCAAGUGGCGUGCCCAGCCGGUGUUUGUAAAUUUUUCUUCCUCUUUCCCUGUCGACACCCCCUCCGGCUGUGUUAAUUGUUGUCGCAGUGCUUUGUUCGUGUGCUGUUUGUUGUGUUCUUUUUUUUUUUUGCUGUGCAUCGUCGUGCAAGUGUUUGUCCCAUUCCUGUUGGUCCGAAUGUUGCCCUACUGCAUCCCCCCCCCCCAAGUUUGUUCGAGUAGACAAAACCGCCUCGUUGAGAUUAAAAGUUACCACUGCCUGAAGUGACAGACAGGGUAAUCGCUCUCUGUGAUGGGCGCGUCGCUUUCCGUGCAUUCUUGUUUUACUUUGCGUUUGCUAUGGAAGCUGGUAGCUGCAGCCGCUGGACUACGGCUUCUCGUCUGCGGGGAGCGUAUUAAACUCUCUUAAGCGAGAUAUCGUGUAGCAUCCCUCCUUUCGUUCCUAUACAGUGCAGAAGCUUUCCCAUCAACUCGCGCGGUUGGCGCACUCGGCGCUACAGCUCACGAGUGUUUGGUUCCGAAUCGCCGAGUCACCUCGUCAUCGACACCCACUAAGCCGCCUCGCAUCAAGCUAUGCGCGCCCGCUACAGAAAAACAACGGCUGUUCGGUGUCGUGAACUUUGGUUGUAUUUUCUGUUUCGUUUUGUUGUUUUGAUGCGUGCUUAAUAAAGAAUGACGUCACCCGUAUA